AUGAACAAAACAGACCAACCUCUUAUCCCGUAAUCCUCUAGAACGGUGCCCGCUUUCACCAUUAGCCAUGGCUGCACACUAGGUUGGGCUGCCGUCGCCGCUCGUCCUACGUCGCGCCUCACCCAUGGUGCCGCCGCUCCUCCACCUCCGCAUCCAUCCCCAUCCUCACUGCCUCCUCCUCCCCCGCAUACGCCGCCACGCCCCCAUCCGCCUCAGCCUCAAACCCCUCUGCUCCUCUUCAUCGGAUUCUCCAGCGCGGGCCCGGCCUCCCCUCCACGGCCCCUCGCUCCGCCGCGGCCGCGCCCCGCCGGACCACCCGGAUCCCUUCGCCCGCGCCUUCGACCUCGCCGCGCUACGCGUCCCCGCCCCCGCAUGCGCGCCCCUCGAGCGCCGCCUCCGGGGCCACCUCCUCAACUGGCCUCGCGUUCGCAACGUCGCCCGCCUCCCAAACGACCAGGGCCUCCUUGCCCUCGGCCUCUCCUUGCCAUCUGCUCCCCCGCGCCACCCCGCCUCGGAGGAACCGGGCGGCCCCGCCCCGCCGGCCGCCGCGGUGGCGCGGCGGGAGAAGCUGGCCCGCCAGUUCAACGCCCGGGGCUUCCUGCGGUUCCCCAACCUCGCCCGCCUCUCGCGGCCCAGUCCCGCCGCGCGGAAAAGGAGGGAGAGGAAGGGAGACGGCGGCGACGAGGAGGCGACGCGGGAGCGCGACAGAGACAAGGUGUAUGUGGUAGAGGUGGUCGGGGAGCGAACGGAGGACGACGACGACGAGUGGAAGGGGCUAGUCGGGGAGGAGGGCUUCGGGAGAGGCGCGUGGCGGAUGGGCCCCACCCGGCUGCUGCUGCUGGACGAGAGUUACGCGGAGAGGAGGGUCGAUGAGCUGCCGGAGGCUGUCAAGGAUGUGUUAGACCAUGAAACUCAACAGGAUGGAUCAUCUACUUAUGAGCUUAUACGCUGUCAGCUAACCUUGUUCUAUAGUUACUGGCCAAUGAAUGAGGUUUUAGAGGCAUUACUCCCUGAAGGCAUAAUAAUUCCUACAGGUUUUGAAACAGUAGGGCACAUUGCACACUUGAACUUGCGGGAUGAGCAUCUACCUUACAAGAAACUUAUCGCUCAGGUGGUUCUGGACAAAAACAAGCCAAAAAUCCAAACUGUUGUCAAUAAGACAGAUGCUAUUCAAAAUGACUAUAGAACUAUGCAGCUUGAAGUCUUAGCUGGUAAUGAUUCCCUUCGUACGAUGGUCAUUGAGAGCGGCCUCCGUUUUCAAGUUGAUCUGGGUGCAGUCUAUUGGAAUUCUAGAUUAGCCACAGAGAGGCAGAGGCUUAUCAACAAUAUCUUUAGAGACUCUGAUGUUGUUUGUGAUAUGUUCUCUGGGAUUGGCCCCCUAGCAAUUUCAGCUGCAAAAAAGGUCAAAUAUGUCUAUGCAAAUGACAUAAACCCUACUGCAGUGGAAUACCUCGAGAGAAACAUGGUUCUUAACAAACUUGAAAGGAAAAUAGAGGUUUUUAACAUGGAUGCUAGAAGGUUUAUCAGUUCAAUAUAUUCAAGCCAGCAUGUGCAUCCAGUCACACAAAUAGUAAUGAAUUUGCCCAAUGAUGCUGCCGAAUUUUUAGAUGUGUUUAGAGGGAUCUUACGGAAUAGUCAAUCAGGACUGCGUUAUGUCAUGCCAAUGAUCCAUGUUUAUGGAUUUUCCAAAGCAGAGGAUCCUGAACAUGACUUCAAUGAGAGGAUAAAUGUAGCAUUGAGGGAGAACGUCGACAGUGUUGAAAUGCACAGGGUACGGCUUGUUGCACCUGGGAAAUGGAUGAUAUGUGCAUCUUUUACUCUUCCAGAAUCAGUUGCAAUUGCACAGCCGAAUUACAUUAGCUGUUGAAUUUUUUACUCUUCUUACCUCCUCUCUUUGUAUUAUGUCCGCGAAUUCUUCGAAGCAGAUUAUUGAGAUGGUGUGUAGAUCAUUUGACUACAUGGGACAUAAAGAGAGAGCGUUGGACUGAAUUGUGAAUUUAAUAGUCCACUGAACUACUGGCCGCACGGUCUGAUAGAGGUAUCCUUUCGUCGUCACUGCUGGAGUGCUGGUGUUUGGACCACCAAUGGAAAAUUUCCCGCUCGGACGCUACGAUCUACAAGUCAGUUACUAGUUGACUCUGACAAAUACUCCCAAGAGUAGAAGAAAAGAAUAAUGAAACAAACUGACAACGCUUCACUUUCUUCUGAAUGCUCCAAGAGUACAAAAGAGAGAAUUGAGCCAUAUAGGAUUAUGAUUGAGGAUCAAGCCGCCAGCCCAGGAGAAAAAGAGCAAGAAUCUGCUUUCCUCGUAAUCUCUACUACUAAAAAAGGCUAAGGGUCACUUUUUUUUCCUUCGUCUAUCCCUGGUGCGACGGACGUCGGCUCUCCCUUCGUCCGUCCGCCUACGCCCGCGUGCCGUCUAAUGCACCUGCUUUGCCGCUCGCUAAAACUAACCCUCUGAUCGGCAUCGCCCGCACCAGCAGCUCGGUCGGCCCCGCGAUCCGCACGCCUCACCCUCCCCCCCUCCCCCGUCGCACGCCAUCCCCUCCCCCUCCCCGACGGUCUGCUCCGUCCUCCUUGACGACCUGCUCGAACUUGCCUCGCCGGCGCCUCCCCGGCGCCUCGCUCCGGUCCCUCGGCCUCAAAAUCAGCUGGUUCUACGACCUCGCCAUCGCCCUCGACCGUCCUACGAUCCGCCGCCCUCACCGUCGCGUCCUCCUCCGAGCUGGCGGCCUCCGCGACGAGGCGAUCCAAUCCAAUCCGUCGACGUCCCGUCGUCUCGCGGCCCUGCGGUCGCGGGCGGCCUCGCCGUAGGUCCUGCGUCCUCCCCAGGUGGAUUUGGUGACGGAGACGGACAAGGCCUGCGAGGACUUCAUCUUCAACCACCUCCGGAAGCACAUCCCCCGAUCGCCGACCACAAGAUCAUCGGGGAGGAGACGUCCGCGGCGCUCGGCGCCACCGCCGACCUCACAGACGAACCUACCUGGAUCGUCGAUCCCCUCGACCGCCUCGACGGUACCACCAAUUUCGUCCAUGGCUUCCCAGUUGUGUGCGUCUCGAUUGGUCUCACCAUUGGGAAAAUUCCCACCAUCGGAGUCGUUUAUAACCCAAUCAUGAAUGAGCAAUUCACUAGGUGUGCACGGAUGCACGCUAACAAUUGGCUUAUUUGGAGAGCUGAAACCUCUGUUACCAGAAGAGUCUAAAGUCUAAACACUUGAUGCUUGUUCCAUUUAACUUUUCUGCGAUUCGUGGAAAAGGUGCUUUUUUUAAUGGCUCUCAAAUCAAAGCAUCAUCUCAAGAUGAGUUAGUGAAGGCUUUUCUGGUAACAGAGGUCUUAGAUGUCUACGACAGAUUCAACUAUACUAAUUUUAUUUACUUACUUGGGGAGCAGUAUCAUCUGGUGACGUUCUAGCUGAAGCCAUCAGGGAGUUACAUCCGUCGAGAGCUGACGGUGUUUGCUGUUGUCCCUGCCCAGCCAGCCGCCACAAAGGAAGUGUCGGGCCUGUUUAUCGUGCCAUCGAGAGUAGCCAUGACCAGGAAAGAUGAGCUCAAAAGGACUUAGGCCUCAUGAGGGAAGUCAUCACAGGGAUGGCCAAUGAGCUGGUAUACUUCCUAUAUCACCAUCAAUUGGCACGUUUAUUACCUUUCAGAGCAGAGGGACAAACUUGACCCAACUUAUAUUGAUGGUUCAAUUACUGCAUCUAUUAAUUCAAACUGAUGUUGAAUCUCAUGUGUUGUCCUGAUAAGUUACAUGGGUUCUAAUCUGAAUAGAUGCUUUAUUCAGAAGUUAGACUGCCUUGCUGGCAUAUUUCGGUAUAGCAACCUCCUCACUACUGUUAUUGUUAUUUGUUUGGAUGAUUUAGUGCAAUUGUGCAAAAACCAUCCUAUUCUGUGUAUCAUAGUUCCAAUAGCUUUGUUUAUUGAAAUCCAGAUUUUUCCAUGAUAAUUAGGUUGAAUCAUUCUUUAAUUCAUUUUAGCUAUCCAACUUAUCCAGCAAGAAGAAACUUAAUGCAAUUUAAUAGUGCAAAUAUAAUGUUGUUUGGGUAUGGCCUUUUUCAGGUUGGAAAAAGUCUGUAUAACCCCCUAAUGUUUGCCUGGUGGUCUACUUCACACCCUCACCUACAAAACCAGAUGUUGUACACCCUGAGCUACCCAAAACCAUUUCAUCUCCCCCCUAACUGGUUUUGCCUUGUUGGCACAUGGUGGGGCCCACAUAUCAGGGCUUGACUGCAUUACUAUAACUUAAAACCAUUAUAGGGGGUUAUUUGCAAAAGUGUGAAGACAUAAGAAAUAUAUGAAUAUUUAUAGGGUUAUAUGAGGGUCUUUCUGAAAAAAGUUUUCUUCUUCCUUGGACUGGCUGACUGGUUCACUUGGCCGAGGCUUGCCGGCGUUCGGCGGCGAGGUCUGCGACCAGCGGGCAGCAGCGCGGCGGGCGGGGGUGAGGCCCGUGGCUGGGCGGGCAGCGGCGUACGGGUGGAGCGAGGCCAAUGGCUGGUGCGGGCGAGGCCCACGGCCGGGCAGGCAGCAGCGCGACAAGCGUGAGCAAGGCCAGCGGCCGGGCGGGCAAAGCCGCGGCGGAUGGGGGCGAGACCCGCUGCUGGGCGGCAGCGGCGAGGCCUGUGGCGGCCACGCAGGGCAGCGGCAAGGCCGCCACGCCGGGCUGCAGCGCGAUGACCGGUCGGGGAAGCCUAUCACCGUGGACGCGUCGAGCACAAUAGAUGAAGAAGGGGAGUGUUGAAGAAAGAUCUGACAAGUGGGCCUAUGCCAGCAUGGUAUGCUAUGGUGGCAAAACCGCCCAGCAAAACCACCACAAGGGAUCAUUUAAAUGGUAUUGCAUAGUUUAAGCUGUACAAAAUCCAGUUUCAUAGUUGGAGGGAUGGAAUACUCCACUUGCUAUAGGUUAGGGGUUAUGUAGACUUUUUCCUUUCAGGUUCCGAUAGGUCUGUAUGGUCAGGCUUGUUCAGUUCAGCUUUGGUCUCACAUUUUUCUUUUCCUAAGGACAAGGAUUACAACAUUUUACUUCAAUGUACUACAUUUCAAAUGGGCUUGUGAAUCAAAUUGUCCAUAACCUGUACGUUUUACCUUAUCUCCAUAGAAUAACACUUGAUUUCA